GUCCUGUAUAGUCCGGGGGGGGGAUUAAUAAUGCGAUCAAGAAUCAAGAUGGACAUGGACGGCCAAGCAAGUGGAUCACUAACAUUGGGAAUUGAUAUUGGAACAAGCAGUAUAAAAACUGCUCUUAUGUGUAACACAAGUGAAUUGAUUGUAGCGCAGAAUACAAUUGAACAUCGUGCUGAGGUUGUAUCGGAGAAAAAUACGAUGAACUGGCGCGAACAAAGUGCGCAGGAAUUGCUUGUAGCUUUGGAUAGGUGCAUAAAAUUAUUGCCAGACGACACGAGCAAGCUUGUAAAAGAUAUUGUCGUUUGUGGACAAAUGCAUGGCUGUGUAUUGUGGAACGGUGAAUCCAUUUGUACAAUCGAAAAUUUCGCUGAAGAUAAUUUAAUUCAAACUGGGGUUUCAUCUCUAAUAACUUGGGAAGACCAACGUUGUUCAAAUGAAUUUUUAAGUUCUUUGCCAAAGUCAAAUUUGCCACUAGCUUCCGGAUUUGGUUGUGUUACUCUAUUUUGGUUACAAAGACAUCAGCCCAAGAUCAUCGAUAGAUUUGACCAUGCGGGAACUAUCAUGGAUUUAGUUGUUUCUUAUCUAUGUGGUACAAGCCAGGUGUAUAUUUCAACACAGAACGCUUGCAGUUGGGGUUAUUAUAAUAUCGAGAACAAGGAGUGGGAAAUCGAAAAGUAGGUGCUGUUUGCCAUUCCAAAAAGGGGACAGCUGGGCAGAGCUGUACACAAGUUUUUCCUCAACAAGGGGUAGUAUAUACCCUGGCCAGACAGCAUUCUUUGCAAAACAUGCACAGGAUGUUUACAUGUACUAUACCCAAGUAAGGGACGGUCGACAAAUAGGUUUUGUCCCGCUAGGUUCUGACCCCGCCCCCAUCGCGGGCCAGUCAAAUGUCUUGUUUCACAAACUAUAUUUGGCUUUUAUUCAGCCAUUUAUCAAAGAUAGUGUUUCAUCACCACUCUCAUUUGUUACAUGAACAUUGCUUAAAUUAAAUUGAAUAUUGUUUUAAUUUAGAACAAUGCGACUGUCAGCAACUGAAAUAGCAAUAUUCCCCAUUGUUCAGCAGUUAAAAACAAUCUGUAAAUGAAACACACAACUGAGUAAAUAUAUUUUCGGAAAUUAUGCAAAAAUAUCCUCUCGGGACAAAUGAGCGGACAUUGAUCGCAAUUCUGAACUAACGUUUGUUUUGAACAUGAACAGUGUGGAGCGACUUGUAAAUACCCGCUCACUAUUUCAGCAAUCAAAAUAUUUCAAUUUUCAAGGCAUUGUGGCAUGCUAUUUUUGGUGGGUUUUUUUGUGCAGGUUUGUUGGUAUAAAGUGAUGCUAGUGAAUCUAUUAAAACGUUAAGUCUUUUUUCCUCCCGAUUAUUUUGCAAUUGCGGAUUCUGUGCUCCCCAUUUGCAGAACAAGUCCAUGAAGCAGGACCAAAUCUAUUUGUGGUCCGUCCCUAACCAAAGAAUAACAACAAAUAAUGACAUUACAAAAAUCACAAAUGCUUGGGGGCAGUCGCUCAGUCGCUAUAUUUUUUAUAUGAAUUUCUUGGAGUGAUUUUAAAUGUGUCUUACUUCUGUGAUUAUUUUCAACUAAAUUCCAGAGGCUGAUGCCGCUGUCAUGAUGAUUGACUACAUGCAUAAACCUGCAGCAGAGUUGUAGCAAUGCUGUUCCAACAACUUGUUAACAUGAUGUGUUUGCACUGCUUGUACCCAGCUUGUUGACAAGUUGUCAUCGGCUUGUUGGCAACUUGCUACAAGGUUGUUGAGCUCAACAGACUUGUUACAAGUUGUUCCAACAACUUGUUAUCAUCCUGCAUCAACAACUUGUCAACAAGUUGUGAGUGACAACCUUGUAGGAACUUGAUAAAAUAACAGCAUUGUUACAGCUUGUUGACAAGCUUGCUACAAGCCUGUUGCGAACACAUCUUCAGUUGUUGACAAGUUGUGAGAUUUUUACGUGUGUAGGCCAGAAUUUGAACAUCAUUUAGGUAUUAAUACUAACUGGUUUUUUAGCUCAUCCUUGUCGUAUAAUGGCUGUAUAUAAGGAUGUACUGCUACCUGAAAAAAUAUAUGUUGAAGUUCUGCUUAUAUUUUUCAGAUAGUUGUAUGCAUGUACAGUACUUCACAUUACAGCUGUAAAUGUUAUAAAAAUUGAACUUUUUAUAGGGGCAGUUGCCCCUGCUGUGUAUGGUCCUGUGAGGGAACAGAGCCGCACCAUCAGAUGUAAUUUAUUAUAUCGUAGAUCACAUUACAUGUGUUGAAAAAAUGGGGUACACAGGGUGCAAUAAUUCAAGAUAUUUUAGUUGUACGUGACUGGUACGCCAAUGGUUGAAGUUGUUGCCAUGUACUUGCACAAACAAACUCAGUGCUCAAUGUGUACUUAGUCAUUACAAUAAGGUUCAUAAUGCACAGGUUUCUGAAAGGUUUCGGACUACGAGGUAGAAAAAGAAGCACAAUUGCAUAUACAAACAAUCGACUCCUACGUUUCUUAGUGCCAUCAGUCCAAUCAUUAUAUUUCAUGCCAAAACAUCUCAGACACAUGAUAUACCAACUACAGUAAAUUCUGGUAUUGAUUACCAUUACCUUGGGCGUGGAAAGGUCAUGUGGUACCAACAAAAAGUAAGUAAACAGACAGCAAGAGUUUCUUGUACCUUUGGGGUAUGUCGCUGAGAACAAAGAAGUACCAGACUGUAAUAUUGGCGUACCUUGAAAAUGAUCGCACCCUGAAUUGUCAUUCAUCCCCCUAGGAUUUAUUAGGCCUUUGACAGAGCAUAGGUUGCAUUGCAGUUUCAUAGGUUAACAAAACAGGAACCCAUGGUUAAGCUGUUAACGUGCCAGACUUGAUGAGUAAAAUUAUCUGUCAUUAGACAGACUAAAAUAAUAAAGUAGGGUGCAUUGAGGUGCAUCCAUUUACAGUGUUACUGCAUAUUCCACUGUAUUUGUUUGAAACCACCAGAAUAUAAUUAUUGUAUGCUUACUUAUGAUUUUUUUACCUGAUGGACUAGAUUAAAGUCAGCAAAUUUCCCAGUGCACCUUUUACCUACGAUUGUCCCGCCCGGAUAUAUUGUUGGUCAACUGUCACGUACCUGGCAUAAUAUUCAGUCGAAUGCAACAGUUAGAGUUGGUCUAGGAGACAUGCAAUGUUCAAUACUAGCUACUCAUGCUCAACCUACGUACGCUGGUAUGUACUGUAUGUUUUAGACUUUGUCUAUAGGAUGCAGGGCUUUGUCUACACACCAACUGAGGUAAACGGAGGUUAACUCAAUCUUGGGUUGAGUUUUAAACCAGGGUGUCCACGGCCCUUGAAAAUCUUGAAAACUCCUUGAUUGAAACUCCACGAAUCACUUCGGAUUUUUUUACGUACGUAUACGUACAGUGUCAGUGUGUCACUCUCAAUCUGUACGUCGUUUAUGCAUUACAAAUUUAACACAAACUGGAGUAUAAUAUUCAUAUAUUUUACAUAAAACCACAGUUAAUAAAGCUUACCACUUAAUGUAAAGGGCAAUUCCAGUCCCAAAACAAAUUGUUCUUAAAUAAUACCUUUAAUAAGAAGCAGGCGAUGACGUCACAAGAGUUCUCCUUUCAGGUCUGUACUGCAGGUUACCGUCCGAUCACUCGCUGAGGAACCAAUCAAAACGCUGCAUUUUGCAAACGGACCGCCUUGCCAUAUAACAAAUAAUGUUGGACAGUAUUUGCUCGGGAGGUGGAUAUUGCUUUUCACGCAAUUUGAUUGGUUGUUCGGCUCCGGACAUCCUUGCAAUAUUCACCUCCGGACAAAAACAAAAUGGCUUCCGUUCCAGGUACACAUGGGGCGGGGCAAUUGUUUUACAAAACAAUUCUGUGGUUUUGCCAAACACUAAGAAAGGCACAACCUAACGUUGUGUGGUUUAACGGUGUGUGGAGGAAUUCUAAUCAAUAACAUUACUGAUAGCGUGUGAAUAGGUUGAAGUGUAACGAUUUCUACCAUCUCGUCAAUUGAAUGAAAGAUUGUUAUAGGUGUAAGGGUAAGGACGUACAACCACCUCGUCAAUUGAAUGUGACCUGUAGUUUUUCAGCUGAAAACGAGCUUUAUGAUAAAAGUACGGAAAAAAACUAGUAAAAUCGUAGCCUUAUCGGGUUUUACUGAUUGUCUCCAUUAACCUCCGGGCACUUUUCAGACUAUAUGAAAGCAUUUUUAGCAAAGACCUCGCAUGCAGCCGGGUAAUAACGUACUAUAUAUAUUUCUCUUCCUCUAGUGCUCAAUAUUGGUACAUCAGCACAACUGUCAGUAAUCAUUCAAGAUAGCAAUAAAGAAGACACUUCCAACGACAUAUCAUCCUACCCAGCGUUACAUCUGUUACCAUACUUUAACAACUGCAGUUUAAUUGUUGCAGCUGCAUUGAGUGGUAAGAGAAAUUACAUUUAUUUAUAGUGUCUUUUCAAUGAUCAUCGAGGGCAGUUCACAUUGCGUCCACAAUGUCGAUAAAACAAUGUUGGACUAGUGAACUCGAUAUCUUUUGUCUGAAACGAUAAAAAAUGUGGCGCGAUACACCACAUUCUGGCGACGAGGAAUUUUUAUGGCUCACGAAUGUAACAGACACAAAACAAUUACAAUGCUCCCUAUUACUAGGGUGUUGAUUAGGAAUAUCGUGAGUCGUGAUUCACUCAAUUUCGGUUACCGUCAGUCGUGAAAACACUAAAAAUUUACCGUGAAGCGUGAGGAAAAACAUACUGUUUAUCGUUUCAGAACACUUUUCAAAGAUUUACCGUUAAAAUACAAAAACUUUACCGUUAAAAUACAAAAAUUUUACCGUUAAAAUACAAAAAUUUUUACCGUUUACUGAUUUUCAGAUAUCCCCAUCUAGACCCUUUAUUACUACGUGCUUGCCCGGCCGUCGAUGAAAUAUUUUAUACCUUACCUGAUAUGGACGUAGACAGGGACUAUAAAAAUAGCUGUAUACUCAAUGCAUACUUUAUCUUUCGACUCAUCAAUACAACUUUCGCCAAGCUAUAUAAACAACAACACGGAGAAAAUAUCGACGUAUUUUAUUCACUAUUUUUUAAAUAUUUUACAAAUAAGUUAACAAAUGCAUACUAAAACUUGCGGAACACUAAAUUCUGCUAGCCUUAAGGCUGAUUUCCACUGUUGCGUUUUUCAUACAUACGUAUACGCACGUAAAACUUUAAAUCCGUUUAAAUGUUAGUAUUUUUUAAAUAUUUUACAAAUAAGUUAACAAAUGCAUACUAAAACUUGCGGAACACUAAAUUCUGUUGCCUUAAGGCUGAUUUCCACUGUUGCGUUUUUCAUACAUACGUAUACGCACGUAAAACUUUAAAUCCGUUUAAAUGUUAGUUAUGAAAUAACCAAAUAAAUAAAGCGACAGAAUUUAGUGUUCCGCAAGUUUUAGUAUGCGUGUAACUUAUUUGUAAAAUAUUUUAAAAAUAGAAGGAUUCAAAGUUUUACGUGCGUGUACGUGCGUAAGACGACUCGCUCAAAUAUGUGAGUUCGCCAGCAUCGAUAAAGUAGUAAAUACACAAAUAUAACAAAUAUAUAAAAUAUAUUUACGAAGGAAAGAUUUGUGUGACAACCCAAGUCUGAAAGAUCUACUAACCAACAGCAGAGCACAAGAGCGAAGCAAAACAAAAGCCGCAGCUGUAGAAAAAGGCGUGUCGUCACCCAUAAAUCCUACAUCAACAAAGUAGAUCCAAGCACCCUGGCAACAAAGAAAUCACAAAACACCCCGACCUUCAACUCAGCAAUGUCGUAACGAAUUUUUCCACAUACCGGUGACUGUCCCACAAACGGCAAAGAAUGCAGAGCAUGUGGGAAACGUGGCCAGUUUGCCAAGGUUUUUGUAGAUUCAAACUCAAAAGACAAGAGAUCCGUCAGGUCACUCAAACUCCAACAGAGGAAUCCCACUAUAUAUGUUCACCGUCCAAAACAAUCAUCAACACAGUACCUAAAAAAAUCGCCUCUUUGUGAUGUGCGAGAUGUAAAGACAGCACCUAAUGCCCGCCCUAACCGAGGCAAAUGUACCGUCUGUAAGUCAAAAGUGAUCUUCUAUGGACACUCCUUCAGCGCUGAUGGAAUCAAAGCUGCGCCUCAGAAGAUCAAUGGUAUUUGACCAUGCAACCUUCAGAAAGUCCAAGCGAAGUGAAGUCCCUCCUUGAUGUGGCACAGUUCGUUUUACGUUUCAUUCCAAAUUAUGCCACCAUUAUUGCCCCAUUACGUACCUUAACCGUUUCGACUCAACGAAGCCCACCAAAUUGCUCGUUGACGGAAGGCCCACGGUCUAGGAGCUAUUCUAAUGCAAGAUGGUAAAACCGUGCGCUGUCGAAUGUCGAAACUCGAUACACCUAAACAGAAGGAGAGAUGCUCGCAGUUGUCUGGGCAACUGAAAAUUAUUAUUCUUUGACUGUAUCGUCCCUUUCUGAACUGUGUGUGUAAACAGCCUUGUCUGCAGACCUUCAUAGUCUAAUUAUGUUUGAAUCGUUUCUGUCAAGAACGUACUUAAAAUUAAUUACUACUAUUGUUAAUGUGCAUAUGCUUGGUCAUUACAUCGAACUUGUUCAUGUCAUAGGAAUUAAUUUCGAAGAAAACAUCUGCAUAUUGCUUGUGUUUCACUUUCAAUGUUUUUUCACAUUCUUAAUUGAAAGUAGUUUUGAUUCUCAUUCAGUACUGAAUCCAAAAACUCUUAUUCGAGCUUUGAAAUUUUGUGCAGUUUUGAGAGUUAGUUGGUACUCAAGCAAUUGCCAAUUUUUUUCACAGUUAUUAUUAACGGAAAUAUUUUAGGAAAUGUUCAUAGCUUGUAACGGGGAAGUGCCUCGCAUGGGACUUAAUUUGAGUUUGCACUCUUACCUCUUGUCCUAUAAUACAUCGAUUUAAAUAAAUAAAUUAUCAUCUUUAUCUAUAUGGUGCGAAGUUCAGAGUAAUCACAGAUCAUAAACCUCUGCUUGGAAUCUUCAAGAGUCGUAAACUUAUACCUCCCUCAGAAUCGACCGAUAGAAACUGAGAUUCAUGCCAUGCCAUUGCAAGAUCGUUAGGAAAAGACAAUGCCAAUCCUGCCGACUUUAUAAGCCGUCAUCCAGAUAAUGCUAACUCAUUCCCAGAUAAUAUCGCUGAAAAUAACUCAACUACCUUUGCAACAACAUAAUUCCGAAAAGCUAUAUGACCUUAACAGAAGUCAAGAAAGAAACGUAAAAUGAUUCCACACUCUAUAAACGUCACAAGCAAUCGAAACCAAUCACUUGUCUGAUCCAGAAAUCCAGUUGUUUUCAAAUGUUAAGGAUGAGUUUUCCGUUUGCGAUGGUUUAAUCCUCCGAGGAACACGUCUGGUUUUUCAUCAGGGAAUAGUGAAGACCAAGUGGUUGUUACGUGAAAAGGUUUGAUUUCCCUCGAUUGAUAGGAUGGUUCAAGCGAGAAUCAAAAACUGUAUUCCAUGCCAAGCAGCGACACUAGGGUACCAUCCCAAAAUCACCGUGGAAUGAAAUCGCUAUUUGACUUCGUUGGUUCUUUUCUCUCGGGCCAUUGACGAAUUCAGCAGAUUUUCAGAAGUCGAAAUCCUCCACUCCACAACUGCCAACUCCGUUAUCCCCAAACUCGAUAUUAUUUUCUCUAGACAAGGAAUACCCAAAGUCGUCGAAUCGGUGUGUGAUUGUUCCAAUUUUCCUUGGAUUCGAGCAUCGAAAAGUUACUUAUUGGCCCCAAACGAACGGCGAGGUCGAACGCUUUAUGCGAACACUCGAAAAAGCAAUCGGGUAUACAGCCCAUCUUGAGAAAAAUAAUUGGGAACAAGAAAUGAACACAUUCCUACGCCAGUACCGUGCAAGUCCACAUAGCACUAUAUUUAUGUUAUAUUUAUGGUGUGGAAACCGCUGUACGAGAGGUAUAUAAUAUUGAAUGUUGUCUUUCUGGAAUAUCAUCACAAUGUUCGUUUGCCUAUAUUCAGCAACUCAGAACGUAUAUGUUGAAGUUUUAGGUUUUACCAUGUUCAGUUCGGUUCGAACUUUCCUGAGGUAUUCUAAAUCUUAUGAAAUAUCAGGGCUGAAAACGACACUAUAUAUUCUAAUGGGAAAUACGUCCGGUGUCUAGCCUGUUUUUCACUAUGGCCUAGCUACGCGAAUUUGUCCGCUCGACACGAAGCGAAACACGAAUUUCGCCAAUGCCAUUGGUUAGCCAAGACUUUUCGUGCCCUCAAAACAUAAAAAAGUAACAGAUACAGUGUACAUUACAAUAUUCUUUUCUUCAUAGGUGGAAAUGUGUUGGCAUUUUUUGUGAAAACAUUGAAAAGUUGGCUACAUGAUUUGGGACUUGAAUCGCCGUCAGACAAAUACAUUUAUGAUAGACUUGCUGCCUGUGGGAUUCAUGAUAAAUGUGCUCCUAAACUUACAAUAAAUCCUGUACUAUGGGGAGAACGACAUGAUCCAAACCAAAAAGCCUCUGUCAAGGAUAUCUUGCCCGACUCUUUGUCUCUUGGAAAUAUUUAUAAUUCCAUUUGUUUUGGUCUAUUGCUCAACAUCCAAUCAAUGAUGGGCGGCUUUUUCGAAAAAUAUGGAGUUAAGAAACUUGUUGGAACUGGCAAUGCAUUGCUUCAGAAUACAAUAUUGCAGGAAAAUGUCCAGGAAGUGUUUGGUCAGGAAUUUGUGUUAUGCGCAGAUGGAGAUGCUGCUGUUGGUGCAGCCAUGUCUAUUAAUGAAUUAUUCACAAGCAGUAAAUUUUGAGAACAUGAACUAGACGGACGGCCAAAACCUGAAAACGUGCAACAAAAUCUGUUACAAGCUGCCAACUGACAUUUUCGUAGAGCAUGUCCAUUAAUGAAGAAGACUAAGAUGUAUUGGCAACUCUAUUUUUUUAUUUAUAGAUGGAAAUUUGACAAUUUUGCCUAUACUACUAGUAUGAUGAAAAAAAAAUGCAAAAUUUCAAGUUCACAAGUCAUAACAAAGAUAAACUAUACCACUAGAGUAGUAUGAUUUUCGUAGCCGAUUUUGAGCUUUAAAAUAUUCAAAAAAUAUGCGCUAAUUGAUGCUAAAAGUCACUAUUUUGCCAAUUUUAAAAGUUCCUUGAACAGAUUUUCAAAUUUUCAGCUAUAAAGCCAACGUAUAUAGUAUUGUUUAUCAAUGUGUAAGCUACGAGAAAAUGCCAUUGCCAAAUGGUUGUAACCAAAAAUGCCAUCAGUGUGUAAUGUGUAUCUUUCAUAAUGUUGGCCGGUCGUCUAAACUAUUAUUAGUCCCUAUUUAUAUCGAUGAGAAAAAGAACAUGUCUCCUAGAUCAUAAACACAGAGAUAUCGUAUUUAUACACCCUUUUCAUAAAUGGCUGCCGAUUAAAAAUUCUUUUAUGUGCAUAUAAAUUGUCCAACUAGCCUCGUUUCUGAGUAGAAAUUCUUUUUUGAAAUCUUAACAUGAGUACGAGGCUAGUUGGACCAAUUUAUAUGCACAUAAAAGAAUUUUUAAUCGGCAGCCAUUUAUGAAAAGGGUGUAUUGCAUUUUAAGUCUGUGGUUGUAGCUGAUGUCGCAAAAUGAGGGCAAAUCGUAAAUAUAUUUGCUAGUGCGU